CUUGAAUUAUACGAGUUAUUGUAUAUUCACAUAUUCUCAUUUUGGUUUGUUAUGUUAGGUUUGGUUUUUAGGUAGUGGUAGUGGUGUUGGUGGUUGUUUGAGGCUAUGUUCGGAACUUGGAUUUUCUGAGGGAUUUUGUGGAAGGAAAAUAAAAAUGGAAGGAGUUUGUGGAAAUCUGAUUUCUAAAUUUAAAAAAAAAAAAUUAAAAAAAAAUAUAAAUGAUGAUUUUUUUACUUUUUCAAUUUUUUUCACCAAAUUAGUUUUGGUAUUUUUGAAAAAAAAAAUUAAAAAAAAAAUGUGAAAACUGAACCAAACAUCCAAGAUCCAAAAACAGAGCUUGACAGUGUAUUAUUGGUGGGGUCGUGAAAGUGAUAGCAAAUGAAGAAGAAACAUAGAUUGAAGGGUAACUUGAAUUAAACCGCACAAAAUGGUGUGGAAGAAAAAACUGUGAUGCAAGAGACACCAGUGAGUCAUACCAUGUAUAUGGACCUUAUAUGACCACAUGGAAUGACUCGGUGGUAUGACUCGAUGGUUAAUCAUUUCCGGACAAAACAUUGACACAUAUCAUCAUGAUAGGCACCUCCACAUGUUUGCUAUGUCUAUGCUGCACAAGAAAUGGGUUAACCAUAGUCAUAUAGAGCCUAAUUUAUUGGCAGCUGGGGUUAUGGCCGGCAUUUUAGACCUUGAGGUCACAGAAAGUGUAUACGUGUGAAUUUUCCACAUAAUUGAUAGUUUGAAUUUUCCCUAUCAGGUGAUGUCUUAAUCCUGUUGGACUUCUCUAGAUGGCUUGUUAGAAUUUUCCCUUCUACUUGGGACCACUUCUAUGCUGUGAUUUUUGAUUUUAUGGCGACAUAACAAAAGAUCCAUUAGUGAAAAUAUUAAAGUGAGCAUGAAAAUGCAGUGCAAGAAAACCAUGAAACAUAAUAACCUUUUUUAUCAACUUUGUUGAGUGGCCAGAAACAAGUGCUGGUAGUAGUGCUAAGAGGAAAAGGAAAAUGGCAUCGAUCAUCAUCGUCGUGUUAGCUACUGUUGUUGGGAUGAUUGUCUCUGCUUUGACUGGCUUUUAUAUUUGUCAAUUGAGGAAGGCAACAAUUAAAGCUCGACAGGAAAAUAGUGUCUACAAAGAUUCUGAAAAAGGAAAUCAGGGUGAUGAACUUGAAUUACCAACUUUUGAUCUGAGUAUGGUUUUUGCUGCAACUGACAAAUUUUCUUCCGGAAAUAAGAUAGGCGAAGGUGGUUUUGGUUCUGUUUAUAAGGGUGAGUUGUCUAAUGGACAAGAAAUAGCAGUGAAGAGGCUCUCGCAGAGUUCUGGUCAAGGCAUCAAGGAGUUUAAGAACGAAGUUAUUUUGAUUGCAAAACUUCAACACCGCAACCUUGUUAGGCUCCUGGGAUGUUGCAUUCAAGGAGAAGAAAGGAUGCUAAUUUAUGAGUUCCUACAGAACAAAAGCUUGGACAACUUCAUAUUCGAUCAAACUAGAAGAAAACUGCUACCUUGGAAAAAGCGCUUCAACAUCAUUAUUGGAAUUGCACGAGGACUACUUUAUCUUCACGAGGACUCAAGAUUGAGAAUCAUUCACAGGGAUCUCAAAGCAAGUAACAUUUUACUAGACAACGACAUGGACCCCAAAAUUUCUGACUUUGGCAUAGCAAGAAUUUUUGGAGGAGAGCAGAUAGAGGAAAAGACAAAGAGAGUAAUGGGUACAUAUGGUUAUAUGUCUCCAGAAUAUGCAAUGAGUGGUCAUUUUUCAGUGAAGUCAGAUGUCUUUAGCUUUGGUGUUUUAGUGUUGGAGAUAAUAAGUGGCAAGAAGAAUUGGGGAUUUUGUCACCAUGAACAUGACCUCAAUCUUAUAGGGCAUGCAUGGAAACUGUGGAAUGAAGAGAGUCCUCUGAAACUAAUGGAUAAAGAAUUGGAGGGCUCAUUUUCGGCAAAAGAAGUGGUAAGAUGUAUUCAAGUGGGCCUUUUAUGUGUUCAACAACGUCCAGAAGACCGGCCAACAAUGUCAUCCGUGGUAUUUAUGUUAAGUAAUGAAAGCGCAGAGCUAUCCCAACCUAAAGAACCAGGUUUUUGUGUGGAAAGCUUUUCCGUAAAGAAUGAAUCAUCGUCAAGUCGACAUACUUCUAGUACUGCUAAUGAUCUGACCAUUACAGAGUUGGCCGGACGAUAGGAGGAGUAUUACUUCAACUUGUUUCUACAUCUGCUCUGUACAAAGCAUUAUAAUUUUGAGCAUGGCUUUGUAAACAACUCGGUAUAUGGGAUGCAGUCGAAAAAGUUACUUUUUGAUUAAAUAAGUCAAAAAGUCAAAAUAUGCAAGGCUUCUCAUGUAUGGAGGUUUCAUUUAAAAGAACAUCAGUAUGGUGUCAGUAUAGCUUUGCUACUACUUUCCCCCCUCACUAUGUUACAAGUCCUAGUAGAAAUUUUGUUUCCGUUGGAAAAAAUUCUUGAAUUUGCUGAACUCCCUUUGUAGUGAAUCUAUAAAUAUGUGUUAUUGUUACUAUAAAUAUCACAUGUAUUGUCUACCUUGCAUUAUCUA